AUGACACUUCUGCCUAGGCUCGCACAGCGGGAGGAAGAAGCCAGGCAAGGUCCCCUCCGCGCCCCGGUGCAGCCUGGUCUGGGGAGGAGCCCCCAGCGACACCGAGAGCGAAACGGCAGAGUUUCUCAGAGGUGGCACCAGGCCAGGGGGUCCCUCGUGGCUACAGGGGUUCUCCACAGACUCGGCCAUCUGGGGAGAGCAGCCCAGAGCCCUCGGGCCUCCUGCCGUAUUCUGUGGCCUGGGACUUGACCCACGAGGACACUGGGAUGCAGCGGAAGGGAGGUGCAGACAGUGUGUACUGGCGUUUCCGGGGACCAACCUCAGAAGGAGAAGGAGCAGGACGGCCACCUCCUGGCCUGGAGGAAAAUCCUGCUUCCUGGCAAGAAAACCACCCCUAGAGGAAUAGGACUGGGGUGCAGGACACUUUCUCAGGCAACCGCCUCUUUCCUUCUCCAAAACCGGGGCAGGAAAAGAGCAUUCAGGCCAGGCAGCGAAAACCCCAGCUCCGGUCCCUCCCGCCCCAGCAGAGGCCGCCUGGACGCACGGAGUUCCGGCCUGGAUGAGACCUGGGAAGCCCAGCGGCUCACAGGCCACGGCCGCUUCCCCUCUCCGAGGAAGGAAAAGUCCCUGCAGCGCGGCCUCGGCUAA